GAAGUUGGGGGAUGAGUGGAAGUAAUAAUAAUGGAUUAAGUGGAAGUAGAUCUAAUGGUUAUGAUUUUGAGUUGCAGAUAGGAGAUCGUCAUUCAAAUGUGACAAUUUUAGUAGUUGGCACUAAAGCAGAUCUUGUUAAACAAGAAUUAACUGGUCGCCAGAGAAGAUAUAGUAUUGUCGACGAAUAUGGAGCAGCUGAAAAAAUUAAUGCAUUUUUUGAUAAAGUUAUUGAUAAAAGAUUUGGUUUUAUGGAAAAUUUACCAAGUCCAACAUUUGGAAAUUUUGCGACGAGUUCAUCAAUUUCAUCAAUUACAGGAGUUCUAUCAAAUAGAGAUGAUAGAAGACGUUCAACAGUAGGGACAACAACGAAUGGUUUACCUUCUAGUCCUGUCUUAACUGGAUUUUCUAGGAAUGAAGAAUCAAAUGGAUUGCUUAGAUCACCAUCACUGAGUCCAGUUUCGUUAAGAACAUUAAAUUCAUCACCAAAUCUUCGAGAUAAUAAUGUAUCAUCUAAUUUAUUAUCAAAAUCUAGUUCAUUAAGUUCAUUACGAGAUAAUUAUAAUGGAAUUAUCGGCAAUAGAUCUUUGCAUAAUUAUCUUAAUGGAGAUUGA